UGAACCCAAAAUAUUGGUCCUAGUUCCCACAGUUCCUUUGGACUAGUUCAUUAUAGAACAACGUAACAAGAUAAAAACAAUAUCAGCUGGGGGGUUAACGACUUCUGGAUUUUCAUUGUUUUGAUAAGAAAAGAAAACAAAAAAGACGGAAUAAGAAGUGCAACGAUGGCAGCAACAACAGCAGCGGGCGAAGAUGAUGUUACUCAACAAGAUAUGACUUUUACCAAAGAACUGAGGGCUGCAACAAAAGAAGUUCACAAACUAAGCGAUGUUCUUGUUAAUGCGAAGUUUGCAUUUGCCUUAUCUGAUGAUGCUGUAUGGUAUGAUGGGCUUUUAAGUUUCUAUGAGAUUUAUAAAUUCUUGGAAAACAAUUUACCCGAUGAAUUGUUGCCCACUGAACUUCGUCGUACUGAGGCAUUCGAGAAGGACUUUGCCUACUUUUAUGGUGCAGACUGGAAAGAUACCUAUGAAGUGCGUCCAGCAGUACGUAAAUACUUGGAUCAUUUGGAAGAGGUUAAUAAAAAGGAUAAGUUGCUCCUCUUCGCCUAUGCUUAUCAAAUGUAUAUGGCUUUAAUGUCUGGUGGUCAGUUGCUGCAGAGGAAACGUAUGAUAGCACGUAAAUUAUGGCCUGGCUCAAAUGGUGUAACAGCUGCCGAAGAAGAACAGCUGGAACAGUCAGAGAAACCCACAGAUCCAGAUGAUCUGACCACCAGACCCAUGCCAGUACAGGUUUCCAUUUGUCCCGAGGGAUGUGCUGCAACAUAUUUCCCGUUGAAAAUUGCUGUGCUAAAGGGUAAACUGCGUAAAGUUCUCAAUGAUAAUUAUGGGAAAUUCGAUGAAAAAAUGAAAGCCGAUUUCAUUGAAGAAAGUAAGAAUGUAUUUUUGUACAACAGCGAUGUGGUGCGUUCCAUUAAGGGUGUAAAUCGUGCCAAUAUUAAAAAAUUGGCUAUUGUUGUGGUCUUUUUUGUUGGUAUAUAUUUGGCUAUAAAAUUGGGAAAACGUUGAAUUGCCAUAUAUUGUUGAAAUCUAACAUUUGUAGUUAUAUAAGGUAUGUAGUAGUAGAACUUGCAUAAAAAAUUGCAAUAUAUAUUAGAGGACAAUUAUUUUAUAUUUUACUAAUUGAAUAUCAUAUUAUUUUGUGAUUUUACUAACAUUCUGACUAAAUAAAUCUAUAUUAUAGUGACCAAAA